GAAAAAUUGUGUCAUUAUAAACACAAAGCUGCCAUUGAAGAACAAGGUAACUCACACCUUCAAUGGCGGCCUUUCUCAAGGCAGCUUCCCUUCUGCUCCUCCUCCUCCUUUCUCUCUUCUUCGUCUCUGCUCCUGCUCAAUUCGACAGCGUAGGUGGGUCUUACGGCCCCGGUGCUAACUCGCUCGACAAGGAUUUGAACGAUAGAUUGAAAGGCGACGUCAAUCCUCCGGCUGACGCAACCACGGGCCCCAAACCUAACCUACCGGGAAUAACAUUUGUAGCGGGUCCACGACCGGUGGAUAGAUCGGGCACACGUAAUUUCCCAUUAACAUAUCUAGGGACAUGGAAGAUGGUGUCUAGAAACUCCAUGGUUUCAGCUAUGCACAUGAAUUUGUUGCCAAAUAACAAGAUGAUCAUGUUUGAUGCAUCUGCAUUUCACAUUUCACAAAUCAAAUUGCCUGGUGGAAAAUGUUUUCCUUUCAAGACUGAUCAAGGUGCCAUACUGCAAGAUUGUUGGGCCCAUGGCGUUGAGUUUGAUAUCGAAACCGCUAAAAUAAGACCACUUACGAUGCCUACGGAUCCAUGGUGCUCGUCGGGAGGGCUGGACGUGGAAGGAAGAUUGGUAAACACCGGUGGUUGGAUGGACGGAACCAAAACCGUACGAUACCUUACUGGAUGCCCUAAUUGCGAUUGGAAGGAAUAUCCAACGACAUUGGCAAGUGGUCGUUGGUAUUCGACUCAGGCCACCAUGCCGGACGGCGGUUUCAUCUUGGUCGGCGGCCGGAGAUCUUUCGAUCUUGAGUUUGUUCCGGCAGAAGGAAAAGUAAAUACAAAAGCUAUUAAAAUGCCAUUCUUGGAUGAAACAACUGAUUUGGAUGAAAACAAUCUUUAUCCUUUUGUUUAUCUUUCUACUGAUGGCAAUGUCUUCAUCUUUGCCAAUAGUCGUUCCAUCUUGUUUAACCCCAAGACUCUAACUGUCGUUAACGAGUAUCCGGUUUUGGCCGGCGGUUCCCGAAACUACCCCGCGUCGGGUAUGUCUGCACUCCUUCCUCUCAAGCUCUCACUAGAGAAUCCUGAAGCAACCCCCGCUGAGGUAAUUGUAUGCGGAGGAGCGAAACCGGAAGCAUACCGGUUGGCAGAGAAAGGGAACUUCUUGCCAGCAUUGCAAGAUUGCAAUCGUCUAGAGAUCACAAAGCCAAAGGAUGUUUGGAAAAAGGAAUUGAUGCCAUCUCCGAGAGUAAUGGGCGAUAUGUUAAUUCUCCCAACCGGUGAUCUUUUGCUUAUCAACGGCGCUACUUCUGGUACAUCCGCAUGGAAUUUCGCCGAAGCUCCCAAUUACUCACCGAUUCUUUACGAUCCUGACAAACCCCAAGGUCAAAGGUUUAAACAACUAAUCCCCACCACAAUUCCAAGAAUGUACCACUCCACCUCCGCCCUUCUCCCCGACGGUCAAAUCCUGGUCGCCGGCAGCAACACUAACGCCGGCUACCAGUUCCAAUCUGUCAAAUACCCGACGGAAUUAAGGGUGGAGAAAUUCUCUCCGCCGUAUCUCGAUCCGGCACACACCGCAUUCCGCCCUACCAUUCAGUUGAACCAAUUGGUAGCGAAAUGGCAAUACGGAAAAGAUUUCGUAGUGAAUUUUAAUUUAGUUCCUGACGGUAUAUUUGAUCGGGAGAAUGAUGUUAGAGUCACGAUUUAUCCGCCGCCGUUCACAACACACGGGUUUUCAAUGAAUCAGAGGCUUGUUGUGUUGCCGAUUAGGGAAAUUGCGGAAACUGGCGCCGGGAUUUUUAGUGCGACGGUGGUGGCUCCGCCGUCCGGAAUAAUUGCGCCGCCUGGGUAUUAUAUGCUGUUCGUGGUCUAUCGUGGAAUUCCAAGUGUGGCAGCUUGGAUUCAAAUUAAGUGAUUUAAUUUGAUUUAAUUACACUUAAAUUAAAUCAUGUCGUUAUUAUUAAUUCUCUUUUGAGAUUAUAAUUCGGCUCUCCAUUUUGAAGAAAAAAAUUUGGUGAUAAAUCACUGAUUAAUUCUUCCUUUGUUUUUUUAAUUCUUAUUUUAUUUUUUAUUUUUUAUUUUUUAUUUUUUUCUUCCUCCGAUUUUAUUUUUUAAUAAUUUAAGUGUUUUUACUAUUGUUUAUUGUUGUGAUUAUUUAUACCAAUUCUGUCUCAAAGAAAUUGGAGAAAUUAUUUGAGUUUUUUUUUUCUUUCUUUUUUGAGUUUGAGGUAGU